AUGGGGUUGAAAUACGUUCCUACACUUUAUCCAUCAGAUGAAGAAUUUCAAAAUUUUAUUGAAUAUUUAAGUUCACCCAAAAUUAAAGCAUUAGGUGAUGAAUAUGGUAUGGUCAAGAUAAGUCCUCCAUCAAGUUUUAAACCUCCUUUAAGUAUAAAUCAAGAGAAAUUUAAAUUCACACCAAGAAUUCAAAAAUUAAAAGAAUUGAAUAUAACUAAUCGGUGUCGAUUGUUUUUCUAUAAACAAUUGUUCAAUUUUAAUAAAAUGAAUAAAAAAUCAUUACCAAAAGAUACAUUUAUCUUGGUGAAUAAUGAUUCAAAGAAACUUUUUUAUUAUGAUUUUUUCAUUGAAGUUAUUAAAUUUUAUAAACAAAAACAACAUGGUUCCAUUUCGGGGAAAACUUUACCAAAUAUAAAGUCUUCUAUAUUGAAUUCUGAUGAAUCAUUAUGGUCAUACUUGAGUUAUCAGUUCCAAAUUGAUAUUGAAACUCUCAAAACAAUAUAUCAAACAAAAUUAUCAUCAUAUUUUAAUUUCCUAAGUGCAAAACCUGAAUUUACAAAUCAAUUAAUUCAAGAAAAAUAUCCAUCUUCAUUAUUAUAUGAUCAAAGUGAUGAAGAAGAUUCAAAUUCUUCAGAUAAUGAAACAGAUGAAGAUGCAUGUCUUAUUUGUAAAACCAAUUCCCAUCCUCAGGAUACAUUAUUAUGUGAUUCUUGUGAUAAACCAUUCCAUAGAUAUUGUUUAUCCCCACCAUUAAGUAAAAUUCCACAAGAUAAUUGGUAUUGUGAUAAUUGUGUUAUAGGGAAUGGUUAUUAUGGUUUCAAAGAUUCUACAAUUCAAUACUCUUUAAAAGAUUUUAAACAAUUAAGUGAUGAUUUUGAUAAUUCUUAUUUCCCCAAUGAUUCAAAACCAAAAUCUAUUGAUCUUUUAGAAAAACAAUUUUGGUCAUUAGUUGAUGAUAUUGAUAAUGAUUUAAAAGUUAAUUAUGGUGCAGAUAUUCAUAAUCUAAGGAAAGGUGAAAUAUCUGGAUUCCCUACUAGAGAUUAUAAACCAACAAAUAUAAAAUCACAAGAACAAUAUGAUCAUUAUGUUUCACAUCCAAUGAAUUUAAAUAAUUUACCAUAUAAUUCUAAAUCAUUAUUAAAUUUCUUAGAUGUUGAUAUCUCAGGGAUGACAAUACCAUGGAUUUAUAUUGGUAAUACAUUUAGUACUUUUUGUUGGCAUGUUGAAGAUCAAUAUACUCUUAGUGCAAAUUAUCAACAUUUAGGUUCUACAAAAAAAUGGUAUUCAAUCCCAUCAAAACAUGCAGAACUUUUUGAAAAUUAUAUGAAAAAUUUAGCACCUGAUUUAUUUGCUAAACAACCUGAUAUCUUACAUCAAUUGAUUACAUUAGUUUCACCAUUUGAAUUGAAUCAAGUUGGGAUUGAUUGUUUUAGUGCAGACCAAGAACCUGGGGAAUAUAUCAUAACGUAUCCAAGAGUUUAUCAUGCGGGUUUCAAUGCAGGUUUUAAUUUUAAUGAAGCUGUUAAUUUUACAAUGAAUGAUUGGUUAGAUUUUGGUGUUGAAUCAACAAAAAAUUAUAAAAAAAAUUUAGAUAAAGUUUCAGUUUUCGAUAUUUAUGAAAUGAUUUUAAAUAUUUUGAAUCAUGCUAAUUUAAAUAACAAAUUUGAUAAAGGAUUAGUCUUGAAAGCAUUGGAAUUUUUGAAACCUAGAUUAACAGAUGAAGUAUCUUUACAAUCAACAAUAAUGGAAAAAUUAGAUUCAAAACCAAUAAUACCCAAAAAUAUAAGAACAAUACCAAUCGAAAUACAUGGUGAAGAUAUUGAAGAAGAUGGUAUCUUAUGUUCACAAUGUAAAGGGUUUUGUACUUUCAGUUAUAUAUUACAUUAUGAACCAAUUCCAAAUCAUGCAGAAUCUAUUCAAUUACCAACACCAAGAUCUUCACCAGAAAAUUUAACAGAUUCUUCCAAACAAAGAAGAUCAUCAAAAAGAAUAAAAUUAUUAAAAGAUCAAGAAUAUUAUAAACCUGUGAUACUUUGUCUUGAAGAUUAUUUGAAGAAAGAUAAUGUUGUUUCUGAAAAAGAUCAAAUUUAUUUGAUUAGAGAUGUUGAAAAGUGUAAGACAUUGAUUAAUGAUGUUCAAUUGAAGUUGAAUAGUGUGGGUGCUCAUUGA